AUGGUCAAGUCCAAGAACCUCAAGAGAUCGCGUCGCGACGAGGACGACGACGUCUCAAGCGAGGAAGUCACAAAGUCGAGCAAGAAGACCAAGACCUCUGCUGCCCCUGAUUCCGGCAAGGACGACGACGGCAAUGCUUGGUGGGCCCUUGGUGGUAAUCGCAGAGCCACCGUCACCGAUUUCAAAGGCACAACCUACGUCAACAUCCGAGAGUACUAUAUGGACAAAAAUGGUGAUGCCAAGCCGGGAAAGAAGGGCAUCAUGCUGAACCUGGAGGCAUACGGCGUUUUGGUGGGAGCCAUCCCCGCUAUCAACGCCGAGCUCCAAGCCAAGGGCCAUGAAGCUCCAGAGAUCUCUUCGAUCGCGCCUGCCGCCGCCGCCGCCCCGGCUUCAGCGAAGGCACCCAAGAAGACAACCGCGAAGGACAUGAAGAAAAGCAACAAGAAAUCGAACAUCGAAGCGACCAGUGACGAGGACGAGGAAGAUGAGGAGGACAAGGAAGAGGGUAUCUAG